AUUAGGGCACCGGGCGGGUUUUUCCGCAAGUCAGCGAAUUGGGUUAUAAGUAUCGGCGAGCGUGGGAGAGGAACCGCGAGAAAAAGAAGAGGAGGCAAGAAGCCAACAGGAAAUCACGGCACCUUUCUGAUCUCUCCAUUAACAGGCAACAAUUUUAGAGAGAGAGAGAGAGAGGUAGAGAGAGAGGGAGGCUUAUAGAGAGGCAACAAUUUUAGAGAGAGAGUGAGGGAGAGAGAGAGGGAGGGUUAUAGGGAGAGGGUUUGGCUGAGCUUAAUGCUGAAAUGGCGAAGCCCCGGAAGCAGAAGAAUGGGGAGCAAAAACCUGAGAAUUCAGGAGCUGUUGUUCGUCAUCAGAAGCUAUGUGUUUCCAUAGACAUGGACAAGCAAUGUUUAUACGGGUAUACUGAAUUGAAAAUUAUUGUCCCAGAGAGUGGUGUUGUAGGAUUACAUGCAGAUAACAUGAACAUUGAUAAAAUAUAUGUAGAUGGAGAACCAGCUGAUUAUGAAUUCUUUCCUCAUUAUCAACAUGUUGAAGAUGAACGGAGAUGGCAUUCUAUAAAUUGCCCCUCUUCUGCUAGUGAUGCUGCAUGCUACACCUACAUAUCAUCUUUGGACAAAGAAAUGGCUUCCAAUCUACUAAUCCUGUGUAAUAAGUCAAUAAAAUCAUCUUGUGAAGGACACACAAAUGGGAAUAUGGGGAAUUCCGUUCAAAAUCCAUCAGCUGAAUUCCCCCAAGUUCUUCCCACCUGUAAUGGUCACACAGUAAAUGAGAAUGUGAAAUUGGUCCGUAUUGAAUAUUGGGUUGACAAAGCCGAAACAGGCAUUCAUUUUAAGGACAAUGUACUUCAUACUGACAACCAAAUCAGGCGAGCCCAUUGCUGGUUUCCUUGCAUAGACAAUAAUUUGCAACGUUGUUGCUAUGAUCUGGAGUUUACUGUAGAUUCCAAGCUGGUUGCUGUCAGUAAUGGAAUUCUACUUUACCAGGUCUUGAGCAAAGAUGAUCCUCCUCGCAAAACAUAUGUUUAUAAAUUAAAUGUUCCAGUUGCCGCAGAGUGCAUAUCUUUAGCAGUUGCACCAUUUGAAAUUUUUCCAGAUCGCCAUAAUGGUGCCAUAUCUCACAUGUGUUUGCCAGCAUAUCUUUCAAAGCUUCGAAACACAGUUGGGUUUUUCUAUAGUGCGUUCAGCCAUUAUGAGGAUUACCUUUCUGCAUCCUUUCCAUUUGGUUCCUACAAGCAAGUUUUUAUCACUGCUGAGAUGGCAAUAUCUUCAUUGAACUUGGGGGCAUCGAUGUCUAUGUUUAGUUCUCAAGUUCUAUUUGAUGAGAAGGUUAUUGAUCAGACUUUUGGUACUAGGAUUAAGCUUGCAUAUGCCCUUGCAAGACAAUGGUUUGGAAUGUUCAUUACUGCCGAGAGACCAAAUGAUGGAUGGCUUUUAGAGGGCCUUGCAGGUUUUCUUACAGAUACCUUCAUCAAGCGUUCCCUGGGGAAUAAUGAGGCACGGUACCGUCGAUAUAAGACAAACUGUGCUGUUUGCAAGGCAGAUAUUGAUGGGGCAACUGCUUUAAGUUCCUCUGCAGCUUCCAGUGAUUUGUAUGGGACACAGUCCAUUGGUUUACUGGGCAAAGUUCGAGCCUGGAAAGCUGUUGCGGUGCUUCAAAUGCUUGAGAAGCAGAUGGGCCCUGAAUCCUUCCGCAAGAUUCUGCAAAUAAUUAUCUAUCGAGCACAAGAUAAAACUCGGUCCUUGAGAGCUCUUAGUACGAAGGAGUUCAGGCAUUUUGCAAACAAAGUUGGCAAUCUAGAGCGCCCCUUUCUGAAAGAAUUCUUCCCUCGCUGGGUGGAAUCUUGUGGUUGUCCUGUUCUGAGGAUGGGAUUCUCUUAUAAUAAGCGGAGGAAUAUGAUUGAAUUAGCUGCUCUUCGUCGUUGUUCUACUACAGUAACACCUCUUGCAUCAGUUGGUAAAGACAAUCCUGAUUCAAAUAAUCGUGAAUGUGAUGUUGGGUGGCCUGGAAUGAUGAGCAUCAGAGUUCAUGAACUUGAUGGAGUGUAUGACCAUCCAAGUUUACCUAUGGCUGGUGAAGCUUGUCAACUUUUAGAAAUACAAUGCCAUUCAAAACUUGCUGCCAAGCGCGCUCCACGGCCUAAGAAAGGCUCAAAACCUGAUGGUUCUGAUGACAAUGGUGAUGCUGUUGCUUCCCUUGAUGCCCGUUCUGGAAUGGAGUCCCCCUUGCUUUGGCUGAGGGUGGACCCAGAAAUGGAGUACCUGGCGGAAAUCAUAUUUCUUCAACCUGUUCAGAUGUGGAUCAAUCAAUUAGAGAAGGACAAGGAUGUUGUUGCUCAAGUUCAAGCCAUAGCGGCAUUAGAGGCAUCUUCUAAUCAGUCAUUUGCCAUUGUUCAUGCUUUAAAUAAUUUUCUUUGUGAUUCAAAGGUAUUCUGGAGAGUCCGAAUUGAAGCUGCUUAUGCUUUGGCAAAGACAGCUUGUGAGGAAACUGAUUGGGCUGGCUUCUUUCAUUUGGUUAAGUUUUAUAAAAGCCGAAGAUUUGAUCCGGACAUUGGACUACCAAGGCCAAAUGACUUUCAUGAUUUUCCUGAAUACUUUGUACUUGAGGCUAUCCCACAUGCAGUUGCCAUGGUUAGAGCAGCAGAUAAGAAAAGCCCAAGAGAAGCUGUUGAAUUCAUCUUGCAGUUGUUAAAGUAUAAUGACAAUAGUGGGAACCAGUAUUCUGACGUGUACUGGAUGGCGGCGUUGGUGCAAUCGAUUGGUGACCUUGAAUUUGGGCAUCAGACCAUUCAAUAUUUACCAUCUCUUCUCAAGCGCAUAGAUCGAUUAAUGCAGUUUGACCGGCUGAUGCCCAGCUACAAUGGCAUCCUGACAAUCAGCUGCAUCCGCACACUGACACAGAUUGCAUUGACUCUGUCGGACUAUGUAUCUUUAGAUCGUGUAAUUGAGCUUAUUAAACCUUUUCGAAAUGUUGGGACAACAAUAUGGCAAGUUCGAAGUGAGGCAAGCAGGGCACUCCUCGAUCUUGAGUUCCAUAGUAAAGGCCUUAAUGAGGCCCUAAUAUUGUGCAUGAGAUUUAUAGAGGAAGAAUCUUCAAUACGAGGACAAGUGAAAUUGACAGUUCAUCUCCUCUACCUUUGUCAAAUUAAGUGUGGCUAUUCAUAUCCAUACACUCUUGAGAGUUCUACACUUGUUGCCAUGCUUCGUUUACUUGGAAGUCGGAGAUCUUUCAACAAUGUUUUCCUUCGGCACCACCUGUUCUGUGCUUUGCAAACUUUGGCAGGAAGGUGUCCAACUCUUUAUGGGGUGCCAAAAGAUCAAAUACAACCCAUUAUGGAGAUGGAGCCAUCGGUUGACACGAAAACUAAACCAAGUCUCCUCAAGCUGAAGAUCUCUCGACCCCAAGAUCCCCUCCCCAAUGUGCCCACCCUCUCCUCUGAUGUCUUGCCCCUACCCGAAGUCACCAUUAUAGAACCAGAUGCCAUUUCCAAUGGUAAUGAACGCAAGGCACCUGUUGUAAAAAUCAGAGUAAAACAGGGUGCAGCCCCAGCAGGUAGCAGCAGAUUAGAGGAUGAGAAUGCAAUGGAAACCUCACGGGGUGGGCAACCAAAUGAGGCAGAGAGAGCAGGAAGCAGCUCUGUAUCGGUAGAUGCUCCUCUUAGGGUCGUGAAUGAGCUGGUGAGUGUCCCUUGCCAAAACCUUGAGGAGGUGAACUCCUCUCAUGAGCCUGGUUCUCGCAUGAGUGCGAGCAUUGGGGGCUUGAAAUUCACUACUAAUGAGGAGGAAUUAGGCAAGGAAUUGCAAUGCACUGCUGAUUCUAGAAAAGGGGCAUCCCAUUCUCCCAUCUGCAAGUCCAUUGAGGAAGUAACUCAUGAAGUCUCUUCCCAGGUGCAUGACUCUAAUGGGGCCAAAGCAAUUGCUGAAAUCAGUCAUGUUGUCUCUGCUCAGCUGUAUGACUUGAACAGGGUGUCUGCUGUGGUAGAAUGCCAUGAAUCUAGGGCAGUGGAGCAAGGGUCUGAGAAGAAAGGUGAGGAUGAGCGCCACGAAUCUAAGGUAGUGGAGCGAGUUUCUGAGGAGAAGGAAGACGAGGGCGUCAAAUCCAGGGCAGCGGAGGAAGAUUCUGAGAAGAAAGAUGAGGGCCAUGACUCUAGUGAAGUGCGGCAAGGUUCAGUGGAGAAGAAAGAUCAGAGCCAUGAAUCUAGAGAAGGCCCAGAGGGCUCUGUGGAGAACAAAGAUGAGAAAAAGGAGAAGAAAGAACAUAAAAGGAAGAGAGAGAAAGAGAAGAAGCGUGAUGAUCCCGAGUAUUUGGAGAGGAAGCGGCUCAAGAGGGAGAAGAAGAAGAGGAAGAAAGAGAAGAUGGGCUUGGUAGAUCACGUAACCAAGGCUUCCAUGGCUGAAGUGAACCCACUAUAUUCAAAGGUUGAGCCAAUGAAGAAUUCGGAACCGACAAAUUUGGAACCAAAGCUGAGUUUGGAAACCAAGCCAAAUGUCGAGAGCAAAGGGGAGGUUUCAGGAGGGCCUGUACAUAAGCUCAGGAUUAAGUUCAAGGGUCGAAGCAUCGGCCAUGUACAGUGAGCUAGUCAAGUAGAUUUUUGGAUCUCAUCGUAAGAUAGGAGAAGUUGAUUCACCUUCAUCAAAAGGCUUCCAUCUACAUGAUUUGUCCUUCUGGUUCAUGGUUUAUGGUGCAUCCUUCUUGGUAUAUUGAGGUAUUAUUUGCAGCAAAUGAAAGGGUCUAUGGGGCAAGUGAGCUUUAGCAUUAACAAAUAGGCAAACCUUGUAUAGAAACUAAUUCCUAGGGACGAAAGCGUCAUGGUUUUCUGAAGUGAGGUGUACGCUUUCAAGCAUUUUUUAACCCAUCGGACAAGAUGUGUAUUCCUAAAAAGGUGUAACAUAAACAACUUAAAAUGACCCAUUCAAGGGAGUAAUAUGGUGCGCGCCGAGUGAAUUAUUUGUGUUUCC